AUGAAGUUUAAAUCGUCUAAUUACAACGUUGGAUACCCCGUCUACGGGGCCAAGUUCCUUAAUGAUAGCAUGUUGUUGGUCGCUGGUGGUGGAGGCGAGGGGAACAAUGGUAUUCCAAAUAAACUGACUGUUUUGAGGGUCAAUUUCGACAAGACUAAGAUCAUCAAGAGGUUUAGAGAGAUCACUUUGGAUCCUAAUGACGAUUCUCCAACGACUUUGGACGCUGCAAAUAAUGUUAUCUUAAUGGGUUGCAAUGAGAACAGCGAGAAGAUUAAGAGUGGACAAGGCAAUCAGCAUCUGCGGAAAUUUCUUUAUGAGAACGAACAUCUGAAGUUUGUGGCAAGUGUUGACUUUGAUGGGUCCAAAUCACCGGAAGAUUACACGAAAUUAAUCUACAUGUCGCAUGAUGGUAGUGUAGGGGCACUAGCUUCUUCCAAAACACCUACAGUGAUUAGAGUAAUUGAUCCUCAAACCCUGGAGGAAAAGUAUGAGAUCGAAACGGGCCAUGAUGUGAAGGAUAUGCACUUUGCACCUGAUGGGAAAGUCAUUAGUUAUAUCACAGCAUCCACUCUAGAAGUUAUAUCUAUCGUUACCGGUAGGUUCAUCAUUAGGAAAACUGAUUUUGAUAGGAAUUACAUUCUUUCAAAGAUCAGAUUUCUCACAGAUGAUACUCUUCUCAUUGCUGCAUCGUUGAAAACUGGUAACGGUAUUGUCAUGAUUAAGAUCAGUUUGAAAAGUGGAGGUGCUUCUGUUCUGAAGACCAAAAUGAUCACUAAUAAAUUUAAAGGUGUUACCUCGAUGGACGUCGAUUCGAAGAGCCAACUGGCCGUUCUUGCUGGUAACGACAAUUCCGUCUCAAUUGUUAAGCUUGGAGAUCUUUCACUCGGUAAGAUGUUUAAGCAGGUGCACAACUUUGCUAUUACAAGGGUCACUUUCUCUCCAGAUUCGAAGUAUGUUGCUAGUGUCUCAGCUGCCAAUACCGUCAACGUCAUGGAUAUACCUGACAAAUUUGCUUCAUCGACCUCAAUCGUCAAGAAGAUUUGGAAACUGUUCCUAAAUUUCGUUUUGAUUGUCAUCAUUGCGGCCUUGGGCCAACUUGCAUACAAAUAUGAUGUCGGUAAUAAGGUCUUUAAAUUUUUGAGGGAUCAGUAUAUUACAAGGCGUCAAAAGUCAGGAGCCAUUGAUAUCCUAAAGCAGACUACAUUAGUGGGUGAUAUCGUUAGUCAAGAAACAAUCACUCGACCACAGUUCACAGCAAACAGCGUAGUGGAAACUACCGCAUUUCUGACCAAUAGUGCGACUGCAGCAGGUGCUGACUUGUCUGAUGAUGUAUGGUCGAGUGAGUUGCUUACAACCAGUGGAUACGAUUCGCGUAGUACCGAAGAUCCUGUGCCAAGUCAAAGUACCGAUCCAAGCAAUGCCGUUGAAGAGGCGUCUCCAAGUGCGGAACCAUUUUCUUCUCGUAAACAGUCGACGGAUAGCUCAAUUAUUUCGUCUACUGAAGCCCCUGGAACUCGUGAAAGUGUCUCUGCAAAGCUCUCUAGCAAAUUGGAGGAGGCAAGUGCUGUCAGUAUCUCUUCGGGAAGCUCUAAGACCUCAUCUGGUAACUUUGUGGCAAGUUCUUCCACGGCAUCAAAACCAAUUUCGACUCAGGAGCACAUAACUAGCAGUGUUUCUAGCAUCUUGGAGACAACUCCAACACCUGAAAUUAAUUCUAAGGAUGACUACCAACUCACGUCCUCUGUUUCUAUUGAAGAGUCUUUCUCAAGUGGAGAUGGUUCAUCUGCAUUGAACGAAUCAUCUCAAGAGUUUUCUACAGAUAGCACGAAGGAUGAGCAGUCAGACGAAGUCACUCGUCAAUUGCCUCUUUCUGAAAGCGGGCUACUUACCAUGCAUUCAGCGCACUUGAGCGGAAAUACUAUGGCAGGAUCAAUUGCUCCAGAGGAAAGCACAUCCGCUCAAGGCGUCCGCUCAAGCUCUAAAGUUGCCGUAGGAGGGGUCACCUCACUAUCAAAAUCAACAUCCUCUUCCUCAUCUCUCGCUUACGAAUCGCCAAAGGUUCAGUAUGUCGAUGAGUUGCAAGAAUCUCAUGGAGUGAUUGCUGAAGAUACAAUGUUAGAGGUCCCCUCAACCACGUCCCAAACGAGACCAAAUUCUGCCACAGAGACUCAUUCAACAUCCUUCUCUUCUACCUCAACUGAGGAGUUACAAUUGAACGAGAGAGCGCAGGCAUCUAACAUUGAUGUUGGUUACGGCUUACUUGAAAAAAAGACACCCGAACCUACUGAGGAACUUGAUGGAGGUGAAGAGCUUGUUACGCCCACUGAUACUCUCGAGUCGGGGAGAAUUUCGUCAGACGAUGAAUUUGCUCUUCCCUCUGAUUUCGUUUCUCUAGAAACUGGGAGAGAUCAGUUGUGUUCGAAACCCUCUGGUAAACAGGAUGCCUCUGAGUAUGUGAGUGAUAUCACAGAACCAAAAACAACCAGUACAGAAAUCGAAAUAUAUGUCGAGGUACCUUCAACUACUCUACAAUCUUAUAGUGUCGCUUCAACCGAAAAGACAUCACUGUCGACUGAAAUUCAAACUUCACCAAGGGGAGACGGUAUCACUGCUGCGGUGAGACCUGCCACUAAGUCUGCCGAUAAGAAGAACAUAGUAAGCGACGCGGUUAAGACUGAGCUCACUAUAAGCUACUCUGCAUCGGAACCGUAUGAUGAAAUUUCCACCUUAGCCUCUGCCGCUUCAAGGCAAACUAACUUGGAGCUGACAAGCUCUAAAAGUGGUACUGUAUCCUUUUCUUCUACCACCGCAAACAGCGAGUCGUCAGUAGUUCCGAAUGACCAUGAUGAGCUAUAG